GCUCAAGAUGACAGAAUGCUCCUAAAUCUAAUGCUUUCGGACACUAUUCCGCCAAUCGCCGUCGCUGUAGGCCGAAGAGGAAACGUGCAGAAGCGGGGCGGGACUCAUAUCCUGCAGAUCCACCAAAAGUUAUUACAAAACUUCCGAUCUACAGCGUGGGGUCAGCUGAUCAAGAACCAAGACGGGAGGAAUCCGCACGUUCCACCAGACGCUGUGAUCAUGACAGAUGAAGCAGCAGUUAUGGAGGAAGACAUCAGCCCAGCGGAGAGCCCUCUGGUCACACUCACCUUCAGGAAAGACGACAAGAGGAAGCUGAAGUAUUUGGAGGCUGAGCCCAAAGCUCUGGGGAUCACUCAGAUUGGCCUCAGUCUGUUCAAUAUCAUUUGUGCCACUGUGCUUCUGGCCACUGAGAUUUUUGAUCUCGAGCAUCAGAUACCAAUUCUCAUUUCGUCGCUGCUGGUGAUGAUCGCUGGGAGUGUGGCUGUAGCAGCACAGAACCUCCAUCUGCCAACGCUGAAAGCCUGCCUUGGGAUGCAGAUUGUGGCGUGUGUCGGCUCCUUCGUCAGCUUCAUCUGUAGCAUUGUUAACAUAUCCCUUGCCGGCACUUUCUGCCCCUAUUACUAUUACAGACAUGGCCCGUCAAUCUGCAAACAAAUCAUGGACUCGCUGAUGCACUUUUCUGCUGAGAGUAUCAUUGUCCACGUUGCUCUGUUUGCCAUCUCUGUUACUCUCUCUGUCUACUGCUGCAAAGUGAUCAACUGCUGCACAGGAGCUCCAAGAAUGCCGGUGAUCACUGUACAAGCUCCUCUGUCCAACAGUCAGGGGACAGAUGGACAAGCAAGUGCCGGAAAAUAUGUAGUCGCACAGAAAUCUGCUGCUGAAAAUUGUAACUAAGCAACUGUCUGCUAACGCACGUGUAGAAGUUAAACAUGGAUGAAGUGUUUUCAUUACAGCUCAAAGAAAGGACCUUACAUCCAGCGAUCUCACGCUUUGACUACUGCUCAGUAUUUUCUUUGCUGUUUUUUUUUUAAUAUUCUUACUCUGUAAUGUUAACUUGAAUCAGUGUGUACUACUUUAUUAAAAUGUGAUACAGGAUCA